AUGGUUGCUUUGCCAGACUUUGAUGCGGGUGCCAUGGAAAAUUGGGGUUUAAUCACAUACAGGGAAGGUCGCCUUCUUUAUAAUGAGAAACUGUACGGUCCAGCGGAAAAGCGGAGAGUUGCUCUGGUUGUAGCGCACGAACUUGCUCAUCAGUGGUUCGGGGACCUUGUGACAAUGAAAUGGUGGGAAGAUUUGUGGCUUAACGAAGGUUUUGCGUCUUAUGUUGAGUUUCUAGGAGCAGAUGUUAUCAGCGACAAUAAUAUGAGGAUGAAAGAAUACUUUAUUCUCGAUGCACUUACAAAAGGAUUGAUGCGGGAUUCUGUCUCAAGUCAUCCGCUUUCAUUCAAAAUAGACAAGGCCAGUGAGGUUGAGGAAGCAUUCGAUCCUAUCUCUUACGAUAAGGGAGGAUCUGUACUCAGAAUGAUAGCAGCAAUAAUCGGUGAAGAGAACUUCAACAAAGGAGUUGCUCACUAUAUCUCAAAGUUCGCAUACAGUAACGCUGAAGCUGCAGACCUUUGGGGGGCAAUGGAUGAAGUAGUCCAUGGCAUAGAGGGUCCAUAUGGAAACAUGAAGAUUCUUGAUUAUGCUGAUCAAUGGACUUCACAGAUGGGAUUCCCCCUUGUGACUGUGCAAUCUUUCAACAAUACACAUGUAAAACUUACGCAAAAACGGUAUAGGAAAAAUCCUAAAGCGAAAGAUCCAAAGAGUUACCGAUAUCCAAAAUAUGGAUUCAAGUGGGAUGUUCCCAUUUGGUACAAGGAAGGAACUAAAGCACUAAAGCUCGCAUGGUUGAAAAGAGGUAUGUACGGAAGUUACAGUUAUAAUUAUAGUAUAAAACGUGGGUAGUU